AUGUUCUUCUUGAUAACCCGCGACGAUCCGUUUUUCGGUGGCCGGCGGAUGGUCUGCUUCCUUCUCCUUUUGCUGCUGCUGCUGCUGCUCCUUCCACGCCGGUCCGAUGUUGGCUUCUCGAGCCGGGGCCACUUCGGCCGAGCACUCGUCAACAGUUGGUCGCAGACAUUCACACCACGAGCAUGUGGUCCGGCGGUUGUCGUCGUCGUACUUGGUCCGGGUGAAAGAAAGAAGCAUGACGUUUCGGCUAAGGAGGAGGUCCCACGGGGGUCCUACGCCUCCGCCACCAUCCGGAUGUGCAACUCCGCUGUAUAUCGAACGGAGCAGUUUCACUAAUCGAUCGAAAGCAACCCCCUCCGUUUUUACGACGUUUCCUAGCCUGUUUCGAAAGCAAUAUAUCCGUGUUGUCCUUAACUACUAAGCGCGUAAGUGUGUGUGUGUCAGUUUGUAUCAGUGAACGCACUCGUCAAAAAAAAGGUGAAGAGAAAGUUCAAAUUUCGCACAAAAGAAACCAAACGAAAAAAAAGUGCCCCCUUUAACAAAAGCCCAAAAGUUGAUCAAAUUUCCC